GGGAGCGGGUCGUCGCAGCGCUGCUGCAGCCGGAGGUGACGUGCAGGGAGCAGGGCCGGGGGCUCCGGGCAAGAGCUGAGGGGGCAGGAUACAUCCCUCGUGUCAUCAAGGCUGCAGCCGGGGGUGGGGGGGCAUGUGUCCCCGCGGCGGUUCGCAUCGCAGGCGGGAGAGCAGCAGCGGCGGGAGGAGCCAGUCCAACACCGCGUGUGGACAGGCGGGAGGAGCCAGGAGAGAUGGAAAUCCUGGGGGCUCGUGUCUCCACAGAGGAGCCCCCGGCCCCGCAGCACUCAGGAUAUCAAGGUCCCACUCCUGACUUAAUCUGCAGCAUCCAGCGAGGACAGGUGGAGCUCUGGGUCUGUGAUGAUGAGGUCCAACCACAAAUCUCAAGAUGGGAGGACCUGCUGCCAGGACUGGUGCAUCCACCUAGGGAGGAAGACACACCACUGCACUGAGUGCAGGAAGAACUUCAUCUGCUUGCAAGACCUGUCCCAGCACGAGUGUGUGCAGAACCACUGCACCAAGUGUGGGAAGAGAUUCAGGCAGCUGUCCAAACUGGUGAGGCACUGGUGCAUGCACGCAAGAGAGAAGCCACAUCAGUGCUCAGAGUGUGGGAAGAGCUUCAAUCGCUCCUCCAGACUGGCUCUCCACCAGCGUAUCCACACAGGGCAGAAGAUACAUCAGUGCUCAUAUUGUGGGAAGAGCUUCACUCAGUACUCCAGCCAGGCUCGGCACCAGCAUAUCCACACAGGGGAGAAACGACACCAGUGCUCAGAGUGUGGGAAGAGCUUCACCCAGUUCUCAAACCUGGCUCAGCACCAGCUGAUCCACACAGGGGAGAAGCCACAUCAGUGCUUGGAGUGUGGGAAGAGCUUCACUCAGUCCUCCAGCCGGGCUCGGCACCAGCGUAUCCACACAAGAUGGAAACCAUAUCAGUGCUCAGAGUGUGGGAAAGCUUCCCCUUAUCUUCUGCCCUGGUCCAGCACCAGCUUAUCCACAUGGGGGAGAAUCCACAUCAGUGCUCAAAGUACUGAAAGUGUUUCCUCCACUCCUCCAAACUGGCCCAGCACCAGUGCAUUCCUGUCUGGGAGUGUCCAUAAUUCUGCCAGCAAUACAGGAAGGGUUUGGGGAUGUAUACCUGCUCAGCACCCCCCCCCCCCCCCAGUGUCUGCAUCCUGGGAAACAGUCUCAUGCCACGGGACUGCAGCAACAGUUCACCCUUUGUUCAGCCUUUCUAGGGCACUGCAAAACCCAAAGGACAGAGAGACUGGCCUCCCAAGUUUGAUGCAGGUGAAGGGUUAAAAGGAAAGAACUCAGGCAGAUGCCAGUCUGGUUAGUGAGAGAGGCUGAGAUGAUCUUUGCAUCAGCCUUGGAGCCUGUGCCAUUCCCAUCAUUCUCAGAAAGCAGCCUAUGCUUCCAGGGGAAGAAAAAUUGCCCUCACCAUAGGUGUCCUCCCCAAGACAGCUGGCUCCAUGUGACACCCAGGAACUGUCUUUGGCCGACUAUCAGCUUCGACUUUCCAGCUGGGCCCAGGGUCCUUGUAUGUGAGGCUCUAGAGUUGCAGGAAGGUUGACAUUUAUUGCUAGGGAAGUAUUCCCUGCCUUCUUCCCUGACCAUGCUUUUCAUCCCGUCUGCAUCACCCACCUCCCAGGCCUGCACAUGCCCAUCACGGUCUGCAAGAAAGUGCUAGUGCCACCCCAUGAGCCCAGUUUGGCAGGUUUUGCUUCUCAGCCCUUCAUCAGUACUGAGCACCACCAGGUGCCAGCUCCUCCCCACCCUUCCCUCCUUCAGCGGGGCUGGGGGCAUCUGCAGGCAAUGCUCGGCUCAGCCUGUGUGCCCAAGUGAAGAGAUGUGGGGUUUGGACUGUGAGUGGUCUGGGCUUGCCUGUGAGCAGGGGGUUUCUGUGCCCAGUCCCAGCAGAGGAAGAUGAGGCUGACCCUGAAGGGAAGAGGCUAUGUGAAAGGGAAAGUGCCGUUCAGGCUGUUGGACAGACAGAUUCGAUGCUGAGCAUCCCUGGGCUGAGUGCCCACAGUGUGGGGAAGAUGGGUUCUCCCUUUGCUAAAUCCCUGCAUGGCUGGGCCCCCCAGUACAGGGAGUCUUAGCUGGGGAAGGGCACAGGGUGUCUGAAAACAGGACAGACCCCAGGGCAGGACACGGCCAAGGAAGCAGCAUGGGCAUGUUGAGCCCCAGGUCAAGUCUGGGUUCGUGCCCGGUAUGCAAAGGCCAAUAAAGAUACCAGGGGUGAAUGUAUAAAGAAGAUUUAUUGCUAGCAAUAAAAGGUGCAAGCGGAAUAAUUUCACAUAACAAGCACACCGAUUUCUAAUUCUAAGCAUGUUUUAUACAGGGGUUCUGGACCUUCAUAAGCAUCCUUGUUUGCUAAUUGGCUAUAAAGGAGUGACGCAAGGAGUUCUUUACUGAGCAUGUCUCUAUACCUGUGUUUUACCUAUGUAUCUCAUUAACAUACAUAUAUGUUUCGUUAGCAUACCUUUUGCCCACCUAGGGGCGUGAUUUUCAGUAUUUUAAUGAGCUCUUUGACCCAGUA